AUGAAACCGGAAACGUCAGCGAGCAUAGGAUCACGAGGAUAUGCCGAUCCGUGUACGCUCGUCGUAGCCAUGGUCUAUCUUGAUCGGCUGAGGGUUAAUGACAAGGCAUGGUUUGAGUCUUCCGACCCCACUGAUCUCUAUCUACCGGCGCUUGUGCUCGCUUCUAAAUUUCUACAUGAUUCCGAUACCUAUGACCGAGCAACAAACGCGGAUUGGGCGGAGGCUGCUAACAUCUCAAACCAGCACUUAAACCAAUUAGAGUGGGAAUUUGUUCAAAGAAUGGUAAGUUCAUUAUUUUUACGAGUUUGAUU